AUGGCGCGUAUAUUUGACAAAAAGGCAGAGAUUGACCUCAUCCGCUCAAUGUAUAUAGAAGGAGAAGAAUUAAAUUUUCAUGAUGCCGAUUUGGUCAAGCGUUUCUACUCAUUGUUUGAGAUUAUUGACGAACCUGAGGAUGUUGGAUAUCCUUCUGCAACUGAUGCUUAUCCAUCUAAACCAAGAAUUACUAUCCGUGGUCUUUCUUCUGCACUAAUUAAUAUUCGCUCUCUUUCUCAUGAAUUCGAAAAAUGGUUGGAGCAGAGUGACGCUAAAGGGGCACCUAUUUUGCUUUCUGUGAUAGAAUGGAUGUCAGAAAAUUUAGCAAACCAUUUAGUAUCUGAACCAUCUGAGUGCCUUGUACCCACUCCGAACUGCACUCCUUCCCCGGACUCCUUGUUUGUGUGCCUCUUCAUUCAUAGUCAUCAUAUAGUUAAUCACGUUAAAAGGCAAAACAUUUUGCGCUGGGCUAAGGAGCUGAAUCUUUGUGGUGGCCUGAUGCCUGGUUGGCCUGGCAUUAUAGUGGCAGAAGGGACCAAAAUUGACAAGGCUGUUUUCAUCAAAGACCUUUGA